CCCACUCACCAGCUCCCUGAACCGCCUUCUCUCGAGUGUGCAAGCCGUCAACAUGCUUUUCCAGAGCGUCGCAAAGUCGCAGCUCGAGUGGCUCGCCAGCCUCAACCCGCUCGAGCACGCCCUCGAUGGUAACAACAAGUACUGGCGCAAGACCUCCAUCAUUGCGACCAUCGGCCCCAAGAGCAACAGCGUCGAGAUGCUGGCAAAGCUGCGCAAGGCAGGCAUGAACAUUGUCCGCCUCAACGCCAGCCACGGCACCCACGACUACUUCCACUCCGUCGUCAACAACGCCCGCCAGGUCGUUGCCCAGGGAGAGGGAAGGCCGCUGGCUAUCGCCCUCGACACCAAGGGGCCAGAGAUGAGGACGGGCAAGAUGGUCAACGACGAGGACGUCAAGAUUGCCAUGGGCCACGAGUUCUACGUCACCACCGACGACGAGUACGCGGAAAAGUGCACGGACAAGCACCUCUACAUUGACUACAAGAACCUGGCCAAGAAGGUCGACGUCGGACGCCAGAUCUUCAUCGACGACGGCAUCCUCGCCCUCGAGGUGCUGGCCAUCGAGUCCGACACCCUCGUCAAGGUCCGCGCCGUCAACAACGGCACCUUGUCCAACAAGAAGGGUGUCAACCUUCCCCUGACCGACGUCGAUCUCCCAGCCAUCUCGCCAAAGGACAAGGAGGACAUCCUCUUUGCGGUCGAGAACAACCUCGACAUGAUCUUUGCCUCGUUCAUCCGCCGCGGCAGCGACGUCCGGACGAUCCGCGAGAUUCUCGGCGAGAAGGGCGCCCACAUCAAGAUCAUCUCCAAGGUCGAGAACCACCAGGGUGUGCUCAACUUCGACGAGAUCCUCAAGGAGUCGGACGGCAUCAUGGUCGCCCGUGGUGACCUGGGCAUUGAGAUCCCCGCCCCUCAGGUCUUUAUGGCCCAGAAGAUGAUGAUCUCCAAGUGCAACAUCGCCGGCAAGCCUUCGAUCUGCGCCACGCAGAUGCUCGAGAGCAUGGUUGUCAACAACCGCCCCACGCGUGCAGAGGUGUCCGACGUCGCAAAUGCCGUCCUCGAUGGAGCCGACUGUGUGAUGCUGUCGGGCGAGACGGCAAAGGGCGCCUACCCCGUCGAGGCCGUCAAGAUGAUGGCCGAGACGUCGUUCCUGGCCGAGCAGAGCAUCUCCUACGUCCCUCUGUUCAACGAGAUGAGGUCGCUAACCCAGGUGCCCACCGACACCAACGAGACGGUGGCCAUGGCUGCUGUUUCGGCCAGCCUGGAGCAGCAGGCGGGCGCCAUCAUCCUCAUGUCGACGAGCGGAACGACUGCAAGGCUCGUGAGCAAGUACCGGCCCAGCUGCCCCAUCCUCACCAUCACCCGCGACGAGCACACGGCCCGCGAUGUGCACCUCUACCGUGGCUGCUACCCCUUCCUGUACCCUCACCCUCGGCCUGCGGACAACAGCAAGUGGCAAGAGGACGUCGACAACCGAAUCAAGUUUGGCCUCUCCGAGUCCCUCAAGCUCGGCAUCAUCGAGAAGGGAGACACCGUCAUUGCGCUCCAGGGAUGGCGAGGUGGCCAGGGCUUCACAAACUCGAUGCGUGUUCUCACCGUCCCCGACGCCGCUCAGGACUUCCAGCUCGAGGGCACGGGCGUUUCCAAGAGGAAGUAGGAGAUCUCUCCCAAAAAAAAGCAUAGACGUACUGUAUGUGAAUUUGUAACGUGGUGACGAAAUGAAGAACCUUUUCCGAUGUUGUCCUGU